GAGAAGUUGGGCUGCGGGCCAAUGAUGAUCCCUGUCGUUGGGCAUGGGGGCUGAUAGCUGUCCCAUGAGCUCAUCGGUUUCUUUGAUAGCUCCGAUAUGCGAGUCAAGCCCAGACAUGAAAAACACGGAUUCUGACAAACUUGGUCAGUUUUGUCGCUAUCUCGAUGAUACCCGUCUCGGUCUCUCAUCUUUGAGGAGCCCCAGCGAGCAGGAUGCACCCCCUUCUUCUUCGACCGACCCUUGCCGGGCGGCUUUCCCGUCGGGCCAAGUCUUACAAGACCGUCAUCGCAUGCAUAGAAGAGCCGCUGUCCGUAUCACGCGUUCACUUCUCGACAUCGCCCAAGGUGGGUGCGAAGAACCAGGUUUAUGCCUCCGUUCGUAACCCGGACCAGUUUCACACCUACCAACUCCUGUCGGCAUCAUCCCGGACGCCUCUCUUGACGAUGUGGACAGCCUCGUACUGCCCAACAUGCAAAGUCGUAGAACCCCUCAUCCGGGAGCUCGUCGAGUCCGGUGUCGGUGAGGCUGAGGGCGGGGUGGGCUACUGCGAAGUCGAGUACGACGCGCCAGAUGUCAUGAGCGCGGGUCUGGGGAUGACCUACAUGAUCAGUGCCCUCCCGACUCUUCUCAGUUUCGACGCCCAGGAGGCUCAAGUCGAGACCAAGGUUACGGAUGCCAGGAAGAUGGCCAACCGUCAGUUUCUGGAGGAGUGGGUGAGGACCGAGGCACGUAGACACGGCAAUCGGGGUGGUGGCGGGGGCAACUUCCUCAGCAAUUUCUUUGGCAAGUCGAAAUAGUUGUGAAACGGCUGACCCCCCAACAGUCUGGGCCGAGAGAAUAGAAGCUUUUAGGUAAGUGGUAGGCUUUGAAUAUCGACAUUGGGCAGCCAGCCAAGCAAACUGACACAUGCAUCAUCCAGAAAAUCAUCACAGCGGCGAGAAUUUUGAUUUUUCAGAAAUGUGGUGACAGCUGAUAUCUCACAGCUAAUCCUCGGCAACACGGGCCCUCUCAAGGAGUGUAAAACACCUCCUCAACUCCUUUCCACCAAGCCGGUUCCCCGUCUGAACUGCUCUUCGCCCCCGGUACAAGAGACUCCUGGAGGCUGUCCGUCAACUUCCACCACUCCCUCACCUUUGGGUUCUCCCUCAUCCUCUUCAUGUCCGCGUCAUAGUCGGUGCCAAUGUACUUGAAGCUGGCGAAAAGGAUUCCGCUGUCUGGAUCGUGGAAGAUGCUGUCUGUGGUUUGAUUAGAUCUCGGUUGCUCGUGUGUCGAUCACAUCGAGGAAUAGAUUACAAUCUCUGAUAUUGCUAGCCUUGAUCUGCUCCAACACAACAGGCCAAACGGCAGCGUGGAUCUCCUUGUACUUGGCAACGUGCUCGGGUUUAAGCUUGAUGAUCUGACCGAACCGGCGGACUGGGCCAGCGGUGGCAGGGGAUUUGGGUGAAGACCAGAGCUGAGACAUUUUUGGUCUUUUAACUUGAACAGCAAUGGUCUUGCCAAAGUCAGAAUUAUGUCGGGAAGGUGAAUUCAAAGUAAAAUGAGGA